AUGCUGACAGGAUCAUGGAAAGAGUUGUUUCCGUGGACUCGUCUCGAAGUCCACCAGCAUGAGCAGCCAAAAGGGCCGGAUUUCUGGAAAGACAUGCUGAUAGGGCCGCAGAGGUGCAGGAGAGUCUGGAGAGGGCCAUUGAAAACGCUUCAAGCAGGCUGGAGACCACUUAGCAGAAGGACGAUGGCACGUCGCAGACUGCGAGACGAUGUGACGGUUGCACUGUAUGUGUCGAAAGCCGUGUACAUGAGCAACGUGAUGCAAGAUCUGGGCUUGCUGACCGAGUUUGUAUCCCCGCCAUCGAAGAGGCAGACCGGUAUGGUGGAAACCAAGGAGGAUUGUGUGCGUGUCAACACCAGAAAGAAGAAACGAGUCAUUCCGCCAGAUGGCCUGAUGAAUGCCAUGGAGAUCAUUGAUGAGAGGGGCUUCAAGAUGCAGGCAGAAGCCAAGAGGGAAGUAAGCUGGUACGCCACGACAAGCCUAACGUCCGCCCAACGUAUGGUCAUUUCAGCUUUUGGAACCAAUAACGGAAGGAACCAUCGCUGGCGAUGGCUUCGUCUCUUUGUCGCUAACCGCGGGGAAGAUGAAUUGGUGGUGCAACGUGAGGUUGGCACAAAGUAUACUGUAGAAGUCCUACCGCAAGACGAGACCCAGGACAAGACUAUCGAAGUGAAGUCUAUUGGAUGCCGGCAUGAUGUGUAA